AUGAAAGAAUGCAAUAAAAUCUUAGAGUUAGAAGAAAUUCAAAACAAUAUAUUAAAUAAUAGGAAAAAAUACAAUUAUGAAUUUUUAAUAAAUAUUUUUUUAAUAUUUUUUCAUUUAUUUUUGUACAUAAAUAUUAUUGGCAUUUAUUACACAUACAACAAUAGAACUUUUAAAGCAUGCUUUAACAACUCAGUAUCCCAUAUUAUACAAAAUAGUUAUUUCAAUGUAAAUGAAAUAGAAACAUUUGACAAGAACUUAGAAACAAUAAAAACUAUAUGCAAUUAUAAAAAAAUUAAUUAUUUAAAAAAUGCAGAUGAUAAUAAUUUAAAAUUUUCCCUAAAUCUGUAUAACAAACAUGUUAACACAUAUAUAGAUUAUAUUAUUUCAUUUAAUAGAAUAUUUAAAUCUGAAAUAUUUAAAGAGGAAAGGAAUAUAGCCAUUUCUCAUAAAUACACAUUAACUGAAUGGAUUAUAUAUAUAUUAUUUAACGUGGUUACAACAUUUCGAAUAUUUAGGGCAUGGAGUAUUAAUAAAAUUCUGGAAAAUGUAGUCCAUAUAGUAAUAAUAAUUUUAAUUAAUCUGAAUAUUCUUUAUGAGCAAAUAAUAGGGUUAAUAUAUUAUGAAUCGAUUCAAUUCCAAAUUUUUGAAGGAGUGAUAUAUAUAUACAAUGUUUUUAUAAUUUUAAAUACAUUUAAUGAAAUUUCAAAAAAAUAUAAAAUAUUUGAUAUUCCAAUAAAAAUUAUACAAAAUAGUAUAAAACAUAACCACUCAUUUUUGAUAUUGCUUCUUGGUUUUUUCAUUUUAAAAAUUUUUAAUUAUUUUUCAAGUGGAGAUGGACAAUACAACAGCACCUUUAGCUUAAUAUACGAUAUGUCUGACAACGAAAUAAUGAAAACAAAAUAUAUUUAUAAUUUCUUUUUUACAAUUAUUUAUCAAUUUUUUAUAAUUCCUAUGAUAAUAAUAUUGUCAACAACGACAACAUUUCUACUUAUUCACAAACAUAAACACUAUUUCAAAAAGCGCCCUAUAAAUUUUCCGAUUUUAAAGAGUAUCAAAAAAUAUAUUUUUUUGUUUUCAGAAAAAAAAAAAAUAAUACCAGAAGAAAUAGAACAAAAUUUUAAUAACAUUGAAAAUGUGGAAAUUGAAAAAGACGAAGAAAAAGUAAAGAUCGUGAAAAAAGUAAAUUUGUCACUAUUUUUCAUUUUUUUUACUUUAUUUAUUUUUAAUAUAAUACUUGGUAAAAAUUAUUAUCCUCAUGUUAAUGAACAUUUUUCGGCUUUAUUGAAUGAACUGUUUGCAUCUGAAUCGAGGCAGGGAAUAUAUUUCGAUACGUUAACUUCAAAAGAGGAAUAUUAUAAUUUUUUAAAUUCUGUAAUAUUAAAUAAUAUAAUGAAAAAUAAAAAAUGUAUUGAUAAUAAAAAAUUAUAUGAAUUUGAAUCCGAUAUAACUAAUAGUGAUAUAUUUUUGUAUGAAAAUUAUUUCCCUAUUUUUCCUUAUGAUAUUUAUAUUAAAUUUGGAGACGAUCAAAAAGAUAAUGUAACUCUUGAAAAUUCUUUAUUUUUCUAUAACUCUGAAACUGCUCAAACCAAACUAAACCAGUAUAAGGAUCUUUUUGAUGAUUCCGAAGAAAUCUCAAAAAAUUAUGAAACACAUUCUAUUCUAUACAAUUUUGAAAACGAUUUGCUAGUACUUAUAAAGACCUCGUUAAAUACGCAUUAUAAUGGGCAAGGGAAACAAAAAAAAGAAAUAAUUGUGUAUAAAAUAAAUAGUGAAAAAACAAGUAUGGCUAUAAUUGAAAUGAUAAUUUUAGGAAGUUUAAUAGUUAUAAUAGUUGUUUAUUUUAUUUUAACAAUAUAUUUGUCAUAUUACCAUAAAAUAAAUAAUAUUUAUAUGAAUUGUUUAUUAUUUUCUUUUUUUCUUAUAUCAUUUUUAUUUUUUUUAUUGAAUAUCAUAUCAUAUAAAUCUAUGAGCCAUUAUAAUGAUUAUAUUGAAAAAAUAAAAAAUAAAAACAUUUCUAUAAUAUUUAAUAUGGAACAAUUAACAAAAUUCAGAUCAAUGAUUCAAGAUUUAAUAAAUAAAAAUUUUUACACACAUUAUCGAAAUUUAUUUUCUUGUUUUAUUAUUAUUAUAUCUAUAUUAAAAAUAUGUUUUCUCUUUUUUACUUAUUAUUUUUUCUCUUUUUUAAAAUACAAAUAUUACUUUCUUUUUACAACACUCCCUAUAUUUUCCUUGGUUUUUUUUGCAUCCACACUGGGGCCCAACAGAAUUACUUAUUUGUCUAAAAAUUUUUUAGAACGGAUAAUGACGUUUUAUCAUAUUAAAUUGAACCCUAGGUUUUCAGUUUAUAAUUUUUUAAAUGAUAGUUUAUUUUAUUUUUUUUCGUUUUACAUGACUUCGAUCUAUAUAUACAUAUUUUUAAAAAAAAAUGAAAAUAUUAUAAAAUUAAAAUUUCAAAAAAAAAAUGAAUAUUCGUUACAUAUAGACAAUUUAAUUAUUGAAAAUCAUGAUAUACAAAUAUACUUCAAAGCAAUAAUAUAUAAAAUAGAUAAAAUAUUUGAAAAAUUAAGAAUAAUAAAAGAAAAUAAUUAUAUAUGUCAAACACUAAAUCAGUAUAUACAAUUUCAUAACAAUAUUUGUCAAAAAAAUGAAUUUUUAAAAAAACAAAAUUAUAUUUCAUAUUAUUAUGGUUCAGAUAUACAAACAAACAAUAACAAAAUAGUUGAUGAAACUGUUCAAGAACAUGUUUUUAAAGAAAAUCAAAUAAUUGAUAAAAAAGCAUCAGAGGGUAAAUCACUCGAUGUAUAUAUCAAUAUUCAAAACAACCCCAAAGAUUAUAAUAAUAAUACACAUGCACCUUUUAUUUCUGAUAUAAGUGACAAAAUAAAACCUGAAAAUAACAGUAUAAAAAACAUACAAGAUCAUUUUGAAAAAAAUGAGCAUAUAGAAAUUGUCAAACAAAUUGAAAAUAUGAAUUUAUUUUUUACAAAAAUAUUAAAUACAAAGUAUGAUUUCAAUUUUUUAUCAGGGUGUAUAGAAAAUUGUAAAACUAGGAAUGAAAAAAAUUUAGGAAAAAAAGAAACAAAAAAAAACGUACUAGAAAAUAUGAUAGUAAAUUUGUUAAAUGAUUUAGAACAUAUUGAAAAUAUUAAAACCACGUAUACAUAUAUAGUAUUUUUAAAAAUAAAAAAACAUAUAUUAAUUAAUAGAAUACAAAAUUUGAAUUCUAAUAAAAUAAAGCUUAAAAAAGAGUAUGAAAAUAAAUUCAUAUAUCAAAAGCAUUUAGUUAAUUUUAAAAAAAUACUAAAUGAUGAAAUGAAAAUAUUAAAAGAAAAUAUUUGUAUACAGAAAAAUUUGGAGGGAGCUUUAGUUCAAAUCAUAGAGGACGAAUGCUUCUAUAAAAAGGACAUCUAUGAAGAAAAAUGA